AUGAUAAUUUGGUGGGUCUUCGUUAUUGGGGCAAUUCUUCUUUCAACUGCCGAUAUAACUAUUUGUAUCAAAUUCUGCGCCGGUUUCAUUUAUCAUUUAAGAGAUACUGAAACCACCGUUAUCGUUUCUAAAGCAUUAUUGAUAGGAUUGUUAAUGCUUUUAGCAAUUUGUCUAACCAUUGCGUUCUUUAGCGAAAAGCUGUCGAGUCGAUCCGAUCGUAAAUAUUAUGAAGAAGAAAACGUUACUCUAACAGAAUUCAGAAAUAAGUUAUAUAAAAGGACAAUUAUGUCCAUUGGCAUUAGAUUUAAGCACAUUCACGAAUGUUUAAAAAGUUGCAAAGAUACCGAAAAAUCUGUGAAAAUAAUAUCUUCGGAACAAGAGAAAUUUGCAGAAUUAUGUAGUACUAUUCAUGAAUUUGAUAAAUCAAUGAAACCAAUUGACGAAUUGUACAUAUUCAGUUUAGGUAAAUAUAAUUUGGAUGUGGUUAUUUCGUUCAUGAAAAGAAUUAAUGGAGAAUACAUUGGAUUCCGUUAUUUUGGAGCGAUUGUGGUGAGAAAAGAGUUCACAAUUGAAGUAGGUGAUUAUAUCUUGCCGGCAAAAUCGUCUCUUAUAAUAAACAUUUAUGGGAUUCAUCAUAAUCCAACGGUUUUCGUAAAUCCCGAAGUGUUCGAUCCGGAUCGAUUUCUACCAGAAAACUGCGAGAAACGUCAUCCCUUUGCCUUUCUACCGUUCUCUGCCGGUCCACGCAAUUGCAUAGGUCAAAGAUUCGCCAUGAUGGAGAUGAAGACAGUUUUAGCGAAUGUUCUUCGACAUUUUCGAGUGAAGUCUCUAGACCACAGAGAUAAGAUUUUCGAAUCUGCUGACGUCAUUCUUCGUCCGAAAUUCGGUAUAAGAAUGAUUGUCGAAAAACGAUAAAAGAAAAAAAUAGUUUCUUUCAGAAAGUAUAAAAUCUAUAAAUAACGAAACAAUUGUUCAUAGUACAAUGUUUCAUGUAUUCCAGAUUCUUAUCUAUAUGAUAAUCCGCGCUUCAAAAGUGUAGACAUGAUCAACCUGUCCAGAAAAGGUCAAUGUUAGAUAAAAGAAAUAGACGGCGACCUGCAAACGUUGACACAUACGUCUGAUUUCUUUCAGCUCUUUUCUUUUCUAUAUUUUUAAAACGUUUUUAUACUACGUUUGUCAGAAACAAUUGAACUUUUUCGCAAUUUAUAUUACUGUGAUUUAUUACGUGUGAAAGGUGAAUGCCGUCUUCCAUCUUUGUCAUCUGACAUAGACCCUUUCCGUUUAGAUUGAUUAAUGUCGCU